UUGUUAUGUAUUGCGAUGAAUGAAGAGCCGAAUGGCACCAUGCUAUCACUUGUGUCUAGCGCGCUGCGUUGUCGAGUUACUGAGAAACUGACAGUGAGAAUGCCUCGAGUUGUUUCUGACCAAAGGGCAAAGUUUGAAAACGACGAACUGUUUAGAAAACUCAGUCGUGAAAGUGAGGUGAGGUAUACGGGGUUUCGGGACAGGCCCCACGACGAAAGGCAGUUACGUUUUCACACCGAAUGUCGAGAAGGGCACGCCGACGUGGCUUUCACAGCUACGGGGACAAAUCUCCAGCUGAGCUUUGCGGCCAAUGCAUGGUCGGAUAAACCCGAGGAUAGAACGCCCACUCAAGAAUUUGUCAAUUUCGACCGGGAGCCAGGGAAGGUGCAUUUGAAGUCCCAGUUUAUCAUGAACGGUGUAUGUGUGGUGUGGCGAGGAUGGAUCGACCUUCAAAGACUUGAUGGUAUCGGGUGUUUAGAGUUCGACGACGAUAGGGCAGAGGUUGAAGACGCAAUACUGAGAGAGCAAAUCGACCAAUACAAUCGCCGGUUGCGGGAGUUUGAGGAACGUCAGCGGCAGUACCGCCAAGACCAAGAGAGGCAGGCAGAGUCGGAGGCAGAGGAGAGACAAAUGCUCGUUAGACCUCAGACUGGGGACUAUUAUCAAACACCCUCGUCGCAGAAUGGAUUCCCUCGCCACAGAACACAGAGGUCCGAGAAAGAUUUUCGGAUACAUACAAAAGCCGACAGCAGGAUCGAGGUUCCAAUCCGAGCCCCUCAGAAACGAGCAGCAGUGAUUGACGCUCAGCGAUCGCCAUGGAAACCAAGACUGUACAUAUUGUAACAUAGACCUCCACAGGAGACUAAUUUAUUCUAUUUUUAAUGUCAAUUUUUAUGAAAUUAUUGACAAAAAUAGAGAACUGAUAUAAAUAGUCUGAAAGUAUAGAAUAUUUUUUGAAAAAUAUUUGUUGUAAAAACUGUGGAACCAAAGGUUGUGUGCAGAAAAGGUCAUGUGACCUGGACAUGGCUGUAAUUAACAAGCUGUUUAAUUACCGGUGAUUUAACAACCACAAUGUGUGUGUACAUGGAAUUUCAGCAGAGCAGAAACUGCCGUCUACUUAUUUGGUUAAUGGCAUGUUAAGGACCAGUUGCAAGAAAUUCAACAUGUAAUGAAUCUCAUUUUUAUGUGUGGUGGCCAUACUUCCAUCUCAGUUUCUGAGUCAAUUUACGUAACAGGACAUUCCAUGGGUGAAAGUUGGUACUGAGUGUAUUCAAUGGUACUACUGUUACAGAUGAGAUAAAUGUGCUACUAAAAUCAGUCCAGGGCCACUCGAUUCUUUCACAUCACUAACAUGAAGAAUUGGGUUGUCCUUGACUUCUUUGAGUAAUAUCAUAUGACUUUCCACGAAAAAAAAUAUGACAAUAUGUUGUAAUGAUGUAUGACAUAAUUAGAUAAUGUUGAUAUUUAUUAAACUGUGUUAUGUUUGGUCAGUAGGCUCUGCUGGAUUUGAGGAAAUAAGAAUAGAAAUGCAUGUUAUGAAAUGAUAUUGUAUGCUUGUUAAGAGGUGCAUAUUGUUAUAAGUUAUUUUCAUAAAGGAAUCUUGUUAAGAGGAUCAAAUGUUUUUUGCUCAAUGAAGCCAAUAUCCAACCAUUAUCAGUAUCAUUUUUUCAGUUAUGAGUUUUAUUUGGAGAAAAAAAACUUGACUGUAAAUGAGAGUGAGGCAUAUUACUAAGAUAUGAAAUGACUCGGCUCAUUCCAUGGGCCCUACAGUUGUGUUUGCUUGAAAGGUAGUCUAGUUGCAUAAAGUACAGUUGUCUGCCUGUCAAGCUAAAAGUCCUGGGUUUGGUUCCCACUUGGUUGCAAUUUUAAAGCCCAUUCACGGUGGCUCUCAUACAACAUAAUCUAAUUCAAUCGCUUAUCCAUUGUAUAUUGUGCCCGUAGGAUCAUAGUCUCAAGGACAGCAGUAUACCUACUUGCAACGAUAUGCAGCUCCCAAAAACCUCUGUUCUAUUUAAUUUUGAUACAGUUGCAAAUAUGGCAGAAAAUAUGGUAUCGUAGGUCUAAUUACAUGGAUUUCAAAGCAAUGGUUGGGUGUUAGAGUAUCACAUUACUGAAGUAGUAUUCUGAGAAAAAUUCAUUGGGUUGUGUGAGUCAUUCAUUAGAAUGUUCUGUAAGUUGUGUGGCAAAUAUCAUCACAGCAUUUAUUUGUUUCACCUGGCUUAAUGUCAAACAUGACACAUUAUUUUUGUCAGGAAAAAGGGUAAAUCAACUUGAAUCCCAGUGCCUAGCAACUUUAUUUUGGAGUGACACAGUGUGGAAUUUUAAUUUGUUUUUCUAUAAAUUUCGUUGUUAUUUUAAAAUGUUUAACUAAAGGAAUAGGUCUGGUGUGAGUAAUGGUAUCAUGUGUUGGAAGGAUUUGGGUGUGAAAAUAAUUACUGUGUCAUUUCAAAAUAAUGCUGAUUCUUAAAAUAUGAAUGAUGUGAUGUUGCGAUCUUAAAAAGGGUGAUGUUUUUCGUUUUGUCUCAUCAACAUAUUGGGGACAGGGAGCCCAGUCUUUACAGGCAUCGCGGUCCUCUGUGCAGAGUUGUGUCCCUUCACCAUGCCAGCCAUGUAACUGGGGGUUGGACUUUGGCAGUUUGUCACCACCAGUCCCAUGCUUUCAGUUUCACUAAAGUGGUAAACAUAUGAGUUCUGCAUCACUUGGGGCACACACGCAAUGACGUAAUUGGAAUACUGUUUAAAGCAGCGUUCAUACCAACUCGCUUACUCACCCUCAUUUAAUAGUCAGUUUGUGAAUUCACUGUGUUAUUUUCCUGAAUCUCACUCAACACUAGAGGUUCUGGAACAGAUUUUUUAUAUGAUGUGUUUAUGAAAACAUUUUUUGAGUACCUACUACGAUCAUCUGAUUCCACAUUAAUAUGAAAGGAAAUCAUGAAAGGUUUUGCAUUAAGUUGAAUAACAGCUGAUGUCUCUCCAUGUACUGUUGUGUGAUUGUCAACAGGCCAGACAAAUUUAAUAACUUCUACAUACUUUUAUCCUUUACAUACAUAAAGGCAGGAGCAAACAAAUACAUGAAAUCUUCUAAAACUCUAGAUAAUGACAAUAUUUACUGCUGCUUUUUGUGCCUUACAUGCAAUUGUUUUAAUUUCAUAUUUUGGGGAUGAAAGCAAAUUUUUCUGGGUUAUAUAGUCACAAUGUCAAUGUUUCUAUCGAUUUUGAGAUACAGGAUACAUAAACAGACAUUAUUCCAUGAAGAGAUAGGUCUGCCAGGUAGCACAAGUAAUUAAGUUGGUCUGACCUAAACAGGUUGUUUGUUUAUGGAGCUUACUGAGGCUCACUUUAGUUGAUGUACCGGUAGUUUUGAUGAAUAUCAAAACAAACUAUUCCAAGGAAUAUUGGUUGAUAAUCAACUGAGGAGAUAUGUGAAACUUUACAUGUAGACAGACAUUCACAGAUUGUGUUAGAAGUGAUUUUAGGGUGUAAUAUUGAUUGUAUUCCCCACUUAAACAAUGUGCAACAUUGUUGUUAAAUGACAAUAAGAUAGCACCUUUCAUGUUGGAUAGUUUGUAGUAAAGCACAUGGACUUGAGCAUGAUUCCAAUGCUUGUGAAUGUAGUUACACCUGGUGCAACCUGGUUUAGAGUUGCACACCUCCAGCAAGUUAACAUGCACUUGUGCAACCUGUAAAGAAUGAAAUUUAAACUAGGUAGCAAACACAACCCCCAUGGCUCACUUAUUUCUGGUCUCUCUGAUAAGCAUUAUCAGUAAAGCAUUGUAUGGAAUAAUUCAUUAUUCACUAUAAGCAUUAUCAGUAAAGCAUUGCAUGGAAUAAUUCAUUAUUCACUAUAAGCAAGCAAUGUCACAUAGUUUUGCAUUUCUUAGCUUUUGAUAGCUUGAGCUAUAUUUCUAUAGUUUUCAGUUUUACAGAAAUAUAUUUUUAUUGAAAUAUUACUUUUAUAUUUUUUCAUUAUCCUUUUGGACAAGUUUAUGCUUUUUAUGCUUAAGGUCAGGGUGACAGAUAAGGUCGGAUUAUAUCUUUAGAUAGGAUAAGUUUCAUUGUGGUUGGAAAAGGACACAAGUGUUUGUUUAAAUGAACUUAAUUUAACUAUUUAUGUUAUUCUUUUAGUUCUCCUGUCUUAUGUCCUAGUUAUUAUCAUCAUUGGCUUAGAAUGUGUUAAACAAGCUGUUAUGGUAAAACAAGAUCCCUUGUGAUGUCACAGUGUGUCCAGUGUGGCGUUCUGUGAUGUGUGAUGUGACACACGUGUAGUCAGUUGUGUCACACCUUUUAGUCUAUCAACUGCAUAACAUUUUAUGAUACGGACAUGUGCAAUCAGUGGAUCUUGUGGCGCUGCCGCUUUUGUUGUCAGCUAGAUUGUCUGCUGAUGCUAGUGAACUGGUAUGUUGUUGUUUAUCUGAUAUUGGGAAGCAAUGAUUUUAAUGUCAUUUUGAUACUGAUUCCUGUCCCAUUCAACAAAUCAGUUUGGGGGCUGUUGGGUUCUUGUAUGCCCUUAACAUAUUGGAGCUGAGUCUAAAUUGUAAGGCAUUAAACAUGGAAUAUAGUUACAAACAUUCUUAAUCUGUUGUACAUCUGUUACAGCAAUGGUUGUAGCAGCGUUCAGCUAUCUAAAUGCAGUUAUGAACUUUGUCAUACAGGACCCUGGUAGACCAAAAUGUAAAAAUGUCAACAUAAUAUAAUAGACAUAAUUUCAAUUAAAGUUAAGUUGUCAGUGGAUAUAAAGCAGUGAUUAGAUUACCAUUACAGAGCCAUGUCACUAUGGGUCACGUGAUUCCUAUCUCAUUUCCCCUUCUUUCUGUGUAUCCAUGAUCUCUGUACUUAUCAGUGCCUUAUUGUUCUCCUCGUUCCUGUUGAUGUUAUUGUUAUGCUUUGUUCUCUUGUUCUUGGCUUGGAACAGAUAUCAGUGAAUCGAGACACUUGCAAUCGUUCACACAUUCAUUGGCUGAUGUGGCUUGGAACAGAUAUCAGUGAAUCGAGACACUUGCAAUCAUUCACACAUUCAUUGGCUGAUGUGGCUUGGAACAGAUAUCAGUGAAUCGAGACACUUGCAAUCGUUCACACAUUCAUUGGCUGAUGUGGCUUGGAA